AGGAGGCUCCCGCGCAUGCGCAGGGCGGUGCGGCGGCGGGCAUAAAAGGGGGUGCCGCCCGAGUGCUGGCGGGAUAUUGCUGAGGCAGCUGUAGGUGGAGGCCGGAUCGGAGGCCGGGGCGAGCGGAGCAGCACCAGCGCAGGGACGAAGCUCUCGGGUGCCUUCUUAUUAUUUAUCCGCCGACCCUCCUCCUCGACGCCGAGCCCCCGCCAUGGUGAAGAGUGUGGGCAGCCUGUCCGAAUUUGAGGCAGAAUUGCAGUCUGCUGGUGGGAAGCUGAUAGUCGUUGACUUCUCUGCCACAUGGUGUGGACCAUGCAAAAUGAUCAAGCCCUUUUUCCAUAGUUUGUGUGAGAAGUAUGGUGAUGUGGUGUUCAUUGAAAUUGAUGUGGAUGAUGCCCAGGACGUUGCUGCACACUGUGAUGUGAAGUGCAUGCCAACAUUCCAGUUCUACAAGAAUGGGAAAAAGGUCUUCCUCAGAAAACCAAACACAAAACUAUAGCAGGAACAAGAGUCUGAUAAGGAGCUCUGGGGAGGCAGUGGGUGCUGUACUCAGUUUAGCUGAGCAGAAGCUGAACCAUAUUGUGGAUCCUUAUUUUCAGUGGAGGUUUCAUGCAGGCAAGAAGCAUAACCAGCCCGAUGCCUCCAGCUUUGGUAAGGAUCAACUAGAUGAGUUUGAGGAACUUGAAACGGUCUUGUGGAGAUGUCAGAGAAACACACCCAUAUGAAAUGCAUUUUUAACUCCGUUGGAGAGGGAAAGCUGGGUUGGUCCAGGUUGGUAGACAGAGAAAGGUGAAGGAUGCAUGGGAGCUGCCUGAAGCUUUCUCUCUACCUGCAGCUGGGACACAAGUCUGCUAAUCUCCACAAGGUGGCAGUGACUGCCCAUACAUGCGUUAUACACACCCUGGCUCUGGAGACGCUUUUACCUCUCUGACAGCACCAAGUGAUGGUGGCAUCUAUCUCUAGGUAAUGGGCUGGAGAAGAAUGCCUGGGGGGUAGGUUUCCAGGUGCCACCAUCUGCCUGGCCUCCAGGAAUGGGAACAUCUGGGGUGGGUGGCAGAGGUGUGAACAGACGCUAGGGUGGGGAGAAGCCAGGCAUUGGAUCCAACUGUAUCCAUAGAGGAAGUUUUAGGACAGGCUUGGGCCAUCUGCCCUCCACUGGAGUCAGUCCAUGACAUUUCCUCAAGGCAGCAAUUAAAGUCUGUUUCUCACUUUUAUUUGCUCUCUUUCUAGCCCCUCUGAGAGGGAAGCCUGGAAGAAGAGCAAGGCCUGGCACCAUAAACAGACGUCGGAACUGUGAAGCUUUCUGACAACAGAAAUGCAAUAGUCAGUUUUAGCACCACUUAGCAGAACAGCCCCAAACACUUUCAAGCUUAGUAGGAACUGGAGUCCCUGUACAGCUAGUUACAAGAGGCUGAGGACAGGAACAUGAGGUAUAUUCCCACACUGUAAUUAAAGGCCAGCAGCAAGCUAAGCUUUGAGGAACCUGCUUGGAGCUGUUGCAGUCUAGCUGGGUGGGGGUAUAAGAGAUGAACAGCCAGUCAGGGGGUGGGGGAGCAAAGUAAGAGCAAAGGAUCUAAGGUAUGUCUUGCUCACUUCCAUACAGGCUGCAUCAGAGGUGCUGGGGGGGUUAUGACUGGAUUUCACUCAUCUGGGAACAGGGCUCCUAUGAGAAUGGGUGCUGCGGCUGGGUUGUGUUGUCCUGACCCCUCCUGUGGCCACCCACCCUGGAGGAUGGUGAGAGAAGCUCAGCAGGCAGCAGUGCACCCCUGGAAUAGCUCCUCGGUUUCAGCAAUCACAGUUCUUUGCAUCAACUCCUGGGGCUUCCUGAGACCACCCUUGGUGUGGCAGACUAUGGUGAACUUCUAAAGGCUGGUCCCCGCUGUGUCCUAAGCUCAGGCAGGUUAUUGCCCCGAGUACCAGCUUCAAUUUGCUUAGGAACAGGACACAAAAGUUGCAAUAUUUAUUAGGCUGGAGCACCUCUAAUCUACAGCCUGUUUCAUUUUGCAUAGUCAGGCAUAAGGCAUCAAGUGGUUAAACCACUACUCUAGAAAUAACACAUACAAAUGAGCUAUUUAGCCCACAGAGGAUGAAGCCUGCAGCUGUUUACAUUUAAGACUGUU